AUGGCGUUGGAAUGCUCAUCAGCAAGGAAAAUUCCGAAUCUUUCUCCUCCCGAAGAACUUAAACAAUGUUUGAUUGUCCAUCAUGGUGGAAAAUGGGCAUCUGAAUGUGGUAUGGAGUACAAUAGAGGGAGUGUUAUUGUGUUUGAUGACAUACCUGACUGUUAUUCACUACUCGCAAGGUAUGCAGUUGAGAUCCUUAAGAGUAAUAGAAACAAUACUAUCAAGCUUCAGAUGAAUGUGAAUGUGUUUGAGAGGGCUUACAUCUGCUUUGAAGCAUUGAGAAGAGGGUUUAUGGGAGGUUGUAGGCCAUUUAUUUCACUUGAUGGUUGUUUUCUUAAGGGUCCAUUUGAGGGGCAGCUACUAAUUGCAGUUGGUAGGGAUGGGAACAACCAAUUUUUCCCCGUAGCUUGGGCAGUGGUGGAGGUGGAAAGCAUUGACAGUUGGAGUUGGUUUUUGAAUUUGUUGGCAAUAGAUUUAAGGAACAAUUCAGGUGCAGGAACUGUUUUUGAUGGUGGCAUGGAGUACAGGAAGCAAUUUUCGAUUAUUGCCAAAUCCACAAUUGAGAAUGACUUCAAUGCUCAAAUUGAAGUGAUGAGGCAAAUUUUUGUUGCUGCAGCAGAAGAUCUACUAAACAGAAACUAUAUGAAGUGGUGUAGAGCUUUCUAUAGUUCCAUGUCAUGUUGUGAUAGUGUUGACAAUAACAUGUCAGAAGUUCUUAAUGCUUACAUCAUUAACAGCAAACAUAAGCCAAUCAUUACAAUGCUUGAAGACAUUAGAGAGGGUUUGAUGGAAAUAUUACAUAAAAAAAGAGAUGAAAUAGGGAGGAAAGAACUGUUUUUAUGCCCUAUAAUUCAACAACUACUAGAGAAGCACAAGAUUUGGGCUAGAGAGUGGAAUGCUUUUUGGGAUGGUGGCUUCUCUUAUGGAGUAAGAGAAGGAGCCACUCAAACUAAGUAUGUUGUUAAUUUGUUAGAGAGAACUUGUAGCUGCAAUGCAUGGUCUUGUUAUCAAAUAACUAAUUCAUGUUUAAAGUUGCAGUUUGUUCCUCACACUGAAGUGAGUGCAAGGUCACAACCUACAUUUAGACAACCAAGGCCAACAGCUGUCUACUCAGAUAUUGAAAGAGAUCAUAUUGUUUAG